GAGUGCGCUUCUACUCACCAGUGUGACACAAGUUGGCUUGUCACGUUAAAUGUAGCUUAUCAACAAAUGUCGAGUUAAGGAAUUGAGUUCAGUUGUUUGUCAGGCAAUAACCUGUUAAGCAUUCAAUGGCGUCUAGAGCAACAGAGAAUUGCAUGAUACCUUGUUAACGCGCGGAUAAGGUGACAACAGAGGAAGUUCACGUUUGUUCUCGACACAAAAUGAAAGUUUCACCAAGUUUCUGCCUCUUCAUAAGCUUCACGACGCUUAUUUCUUUGGUUGCCUGUGAGCUGCUUCCUCCCAUCACACGUCCACAAACAGGUUAUGGGGAGGAGGACCGCUAUUUUGUGCAGUUUGACUCGGUACCUGAGGUGGUGGCGAGAAAUAGCACAGCACGUGUCCGCUACCAGUGCCCCAAGGCCUGCAGGGUCGGACUAGAGGUCGUGCUCACCACCCCGCACAAAACCGAGCAGCUGGUCUUCAGAAGGACAUGGACCAGUGUCAAAAACCUGGGCAACCCCAGGGUCCGAAUGGUGCCAGUGAAGCUGCCCCCCUUUGUGGUGCAUAAACAGAACCACCAUUUUCACACACGCUUCAGCGAUGCCAACAAGGAGGUUGUGAUACGGGCUUGGCUUGCCGACAUCGGCACACAGGAUGCAACCGAGAGCCAUGCAAAGGAUGGAGAGUACCACCACGGAUCGCUGGCACACACGUUUAAGCUGCUGCUCCGCACGGUUCUGCCUGUUGAUGGGCCAGCUCAGGCACCAGCCACGUGCAGCACAUCAUGGGGGACUGAGUUACUGUGGCAGCUGGCUGAAGGCAGAAUUCAGCAGUGUCCCUAUGAGACAGAUGCGGUGGACUUGAUGGAGUUCCCUAUGGUGAGCACCGGAGAACAUUACGGGGUCAUUCGCGUCUUCCAGCCAUUUGUCAACGGGGAGCUGGAGACAGCUCGAUACCACAACGUGGAGCAUCCAAGGAUGGCCAUCUCAGUGUGGAUAUACCUGUUAAACUGGUGUAGUGGAAUGCGCUGUGCGAUCAUGAAGCAUGUUGAUGAACUGAACAGCUUUGGCACACCCCUGAUCAUGCUUACUAACGCAGGAAACAUAGUGAUUCAGGUACGAUUAGGCUCCAGAGUGGAGAAAGCCUUCACAGCCUACACCUCCUUGCCCAUCCUGACUUGGAUUCGUUUAGACUGCUACGUUGAAUACACCCAGGUGAAACUUCAAGUAAAUUAUAAAACAGUCUCAGAGGCAAUGGUUUCAGCAGUGCACGUGUAUGACUUUGAAGAGGACAUUCUGUGCAAUGACACAUCGGGAUACUUGGUCAUAGGGGGGAGCAGAUUCAUGACUGGCUUCUUUGGAUAUGUUGGACCCGUGCGUUAUUACCGUCUAGGAACUACAGAGGUUAUCAACCCGCUUCACCCCGCAAAGACACUUAAGGAGCUAGACAAGGCACACUGGGAGUGUGAAGAAGUGAGACUGGUGAUAGACGAAUUUAUGGAUGGACUUGUAGUUCACAGAGACGCCUUGGAUGUCUGUUAUUCGUACUAUGCAGCUCAGAUGAGAAGGUAUGGUCAAAUGACCUGCGCUCAGGUACUGGAGUGGGACUCACAUCGGAAAUACUGGCCUGCACUCAAGCUGAUAGUGACUCAGGAAGACAUCGUGUCAGGGGAGUGGGGCAGCGUGGCAGCUCUGGCCCUGGGUAGCCGUCUCUUUGAAGAAGCGGUUGGCAGAAUGGCCCAAGGGGAGGACUCUGGAUCCCAGCCCCAGCUCCAGCUCCAGCCACUCCAGCUCCGGCCCGAGCUCUCACCCUUGGCUCUGCUCAAGGUGUCCUCUUGCCUGGGCCACCACCAGGCCGCCUUGCUGUUGGCCACUGUUCAUCUGGCAGGCUUUGGGGUCCCUGUGGACCUUCAGCAGGGUCAUGUGUACAGCCUGUUCGGAGCUUCUGGAGAUGACAGACUAGCGCUGCUGCACCUUGGCUACAAGCAUAUGUAUGGCCUUGAAGGCUUUGCCCAAGACCCUGCCCUGGCCUACAGUUACUACGUCAACAUCGCCAAGCAAACUAGUGUCGACAGAGACAGAGUUGACGAUGCCCAGCAAUACGCUACCGAGCACAUCCACAUCAGUGACGAGGGCGAGCUGGAGACGCAGAUGGGCGAGACAGACGAUGUUAUUCAGUACAUCACGUUUCAAGCUGAGCGAGGGGACAUCGAGGCUCAGAAACACCUGGCCAAAGUUCUGUUCUGGGGACUCAACGGCGUGCCUAAGGACGUGGGGGGCGCGGCGCGAUGGUUCGCCCAAAGCGCCAUGCAGAUGACGGAUGCCAAAGCCGUGUAUGACUACUCCAUCUUGCUGCUCAAGGGCCACGGGGUGAAGAAGAACAUAACUUUAGGACUUCAACUCAUGGAGGAAGCAGCUGCUAUGGGCAGUGAUGAGGCUCUGAAUGGGCUGGGGUGGUACUACAGCACGGUUGCCAAGGACCACGAGACAGCACUCAGGUACUUCCGGCUGGCGGCCCAAAGUGGCAGCGGCGAUGCCGUCUUCAAUAUGGGGGUCUAUUACCUUCAAGGCCACCCUAUCCGGAAUGAGACGGCCGCGUUCGAGUGCUUCCUCAACUCCUCCUACGGCGGUCACGUGGACGGGACGAUCGAAGCCGCCAACUACCUCAGCACCGGGACUCUGCCAGGUGUCACACGAGACCUGGAGAAAGCCGUGAUGCUGCUGAAGAGGAUCAGCGAGCAGAACGGACACCUGGGAUACGCCAACAGGAAGGCCCUCCAAGCCUAUCUCCAGGGCUCUCGACGAGAGGCACUCGUGAGGCACGCCAUGCUGGCAGAGACUGGACUGGAGGUGGCACAGAGCAACGCUGGGCAUCUUUGUGAGGAGCUGAACCACAGCAGCGCUUGUCAGUGGCGAUACUACAAGCACUCCAUCUCUAACUACGCCCCUCACCACUCCGGCCUAUUAAAGAUGGGAGACUGGUAUGUCCAAAAUCUUGACUCACUGACCGAUGUUGACAGCACACAGUUGGCCAUGGAGAUGUACAGCAGAGCUGCACUAGCCGGCAGCCCUCAGGGCAUAUACAAUUUGGCAGUUUUGAUAGAGGAAGGCCAGGAUAUUCCCCCGAGCAUUCUGGAUAGAAUGGGGGUCCCUGCUGAGAGGAGAUUCGAAAACGGUGCCAUCGUCAUGCAUCUGCUACAAAGAUGCGUGGAGCUGGGAGAGGAGCAGGAAGAGGAGGCUUUAAGUCCCUGUGCUCUGUCCUUACUGCGCGUCAGCGUCCAGAUGGCAUGGAGAGACUUGACCCACACACCACUGCACUUAACGCUGGCUUAUGGAAUGCUCGGAGGACUGCUCAUCGCUGUGGCUUAUGUGAUUGGACAGAUUGUAUUAGGGCAUGCGUCUCUCCCCGCUCUGCGGCGCGGCGACGGCGGCGGAGACGGCACAUUUGCCGGGUCAGGAGAUGCAGCACCUGUCCGUCCGGCUGACAGGCAGCAGAGCACCGCAAUGGAUGGCGCAUCACAAAGAGAAAUGGGAUCGCCACGAGCCGAUCCAUCACGCGAGGCCAUGCAGGCAGGUGCGGCGCGGCUCCGGCUCCGGCAGGGAGGGCGAGGGCGGGAGAGAGAGCAAGGGCUGCAUCACGAAGGAGAGCGGGCACUUGGGGAGGCCAUCGACAUGGCGGUCACGGUGGCCGGCGUGUGUCUGUGCGCCCUCAGCACUAUGCUGCUCUCUCACCUGCUCUGAUGGCACACUGUAGAGAAUGGGUUUGGGUAGGGUAUGGUGGGUGGUGAGGGUAGGAGAGGGUGGCAGGGGGGAUGGAAUUUGGAACUGGAAACAUAAGGGUGGCAGGGGAAUGGGGAACGGGUUUGAUAGGGGUAUAAGGGUGUCAGAGAAUCAGUGACAAGGGGUGGGUAGAAAGACUCGGUAGGGACAAGGCACAUGAAAAUGUGUGGGUAGGGCCUGGAGAUGGCACGGUAAUAUGGGAAUUGGAUUGGGUAGGAGGUAAAAGGUUUACUGACGAGGGGGGUGGGUUGGAUGUGAUAAAAGGGACAGGAGAAUAGGUGUUUAGUGGGUGG